AUGUCAGUUCAGUUAACUUAUAAUAAUCUCGGAGAUUCAGGUUUAAAAGUAUCACCAUUAAUAAUUGGAUGUAUGGGAUAUGGAGCACCUGAAUGGGCAGGUUGGGUAAAAGAUGAUGAAGAAGAAAUUUUUAAAAUUUUAAAGAAAUGUUAUGAUAAUCAAUUAAGAACUUUUGAUACAGCUGAUGUUUAUUCAAAUGGUAAAUCUGAAAUAUUACUUGGUAAAUUUUUAAAAAAAUAUAAUAUCCCUAGAGAUAAAGUUGUUAUAAUGACAAAAUGCUUUUUUGCAAUUGAUGAGAAUAAUUAUGGAUUUAAUUCAUUAAGAUCACCAGAUGUAUCUCCAGCUGAUUUAUAUAACUCUAAGGGAUUAUCGAGAAAACAUAUUUUAGAAGCCGUAAAUGGUUCAGUCAGAAGAUUAGGAACAUAUAUUGAUGUAUUGCAAAUUCAUAGAUUAGAUCCAACCACACCUAAAAAAGAAAUUAUGAGAGCUUUGAAUGAUGUAGUAGAACAAGGAUUAACUAGAUAUAUUGGAGCAUCAUCAAUGAAAGCAACUGAAUUUGCUCAAUUACAAUUUAUUGCUGAACAAAAUGGUUGGUUUAAAUUUAUAAGUAUGCAAAAUUAUUAUAAUUUAUUAUAUAGAGAAGAAGAAAGAGAAAUGAUACCAUUUUGUCAAAAUAAUGAUUUGGGUAAAGUAGCAGUUAUACCUUGGUCACCUAUAGCAAGAGGUGUAUUAGCUAGACCAUUAGAUGUUAAAUCUCAAAAUAAAAGAGAUGAAGAAGAUAAAACUUGGCAAAUGUUAGGAUUAGAUAAAUUAACUGAAUCUGAUAAAACAAUUUUAUUGAGAGUUGAAGAAUUAUCUAAAAAACAUGCAGUAAGUAUGGCUGUUGUUGCUACUGCUUGGGUUUUAAGUAAAGGUUGUUAUCCAAUUGUUGGUAUAAGCUCUGAAGAAAGAGCUGAUGAUAUAAUCAAAGCAACUACUUUGAAGUUGAGUGACGAUGAACUUAAAUUUUUGGAGGAACCUUAUAUUCCAAAGAAAUCGUUGUUUUAG